UGAAAUGAAUUAUUUUCUUUCUUUAGACUGAGAGUGACCAUACUUCCUAUAAGAGGGGAAGGAAGUUUCUUGUGCAGGACUCAAAGAAAUUGGAAUGCCCUGCGAGAUGCAUUUUAAGGGAAAUCGUCCGAUUCCCCUCAUACGAGCUACCAAAAGAUGCUUCAAGUUUUGAUAGAAAAAAUGGCGCAGAGGAUUUGUUGGCUAGGAUAAGAAUGGGCGAGGAUAUUGUAAGUGUGAAGAUAGUGAUCCUUUGCCUCCCACAAAUGGAGACUCACACUUGCAAGAAAUCAAAUGAAGUGCCACCGGAGCCCAUUGACCCCCGUCUUGCAGAGAAAAUUAAGGAGCUGAGUGAGGCUGGACAGACAGAUGUCCGCACCAUAAGAACAGUUUUGAACAGUUUGGUUCGGGAAAUUUGUACACCUCCCCCCUAAUCCAGAUAGUAAAAGGUUUUUUCCUACUGACAAGAUUAUUCGAAACCAUAUUUAUACUGGCAUCCAUCAACAUAGGAAAGGUGAUGAUCAGGCGGCUCUUGUUGGACUGGCUAACGAAUGGCGAAAUCAAGGAGACUUUGUUUACCUUCGUUUAAAGAGCGCACAAAGUGAUGGUACAUCAAGUGAAACUGUACAGUAUGGUGAUCGGUUCUUGCUGGUUUACCAGUCUGCAGGACAAAAACAGCUCUUAAUGAGAUAUGGAAAAAUGUGUUUCAUUGAUGCACCAUACAAGACGACCUUGUACGACUUGCCCCUUUUUUGUGGCUGUUCGGACAAAUGUGGGAUACCAGAUUGUUGGUACCUUCAUCUGUGAGAAUGAGACAUCUCAAGUUAUAUCAGAGGCACUUCAGAUCUUCAGAGACAACUGCCCAACAUGGCAACCAAAGUACUUUCUUUCUGAUUUUCAGGAGAGUCAGAUAUUAGCAGUUGAAACAGUUUUUACAGAUGCCUUUGUAUUACUGUGCGAUGUGCACAGCAAUAGAGCAUGGGAUCGCUGGACGAAAACAAAAGAGAAUAGCACGGGCAGGGAAAAGAUACCAUGAAAUGGUUAAUGCGACUAGGCCAAGCAAACAGUCCAGAGACGUUUGAUACAGUUCUUUGCGAGUUUCAGCAAUCUGCACUUUGGACGAACAAGGUCCAGAGGUACAUGAACAACAUCUGGUUGACGCACAAAAUGAGAUGGUCUAAAGCUUUUAGGAACGGCCUUGUCGAAAUAGUAGCUGCAACGAACAAUGGAAUAGAAUCCCACCACAAAGUGUUUAAGUCCAAGUUCCUCAACAGAAAAACCACGCACAGUCUAGGAACUAUGCUUAAAAUAUUGACACACGAGUUCUUCCCAUCUAGAUUGAAGAUCUUCCUGCUAGCUCUACAACAUCUCGAAGAUGAGAUCAGAAAAACUGAAGAAUCUCGUCGAGCACAACAAAAAAUACUCAACAAUCUCAUAAGAAAAACUAAAACUGCUGUCCUUAAAUACAGUGCUUUGAAAAAAGCACUAGAAGAGUUAGAGAGGAAGAACUUAGAAGAGCAACCAGAGCUGGAGAAACAUGCACGAGAUACACAAUUUAUCAGAACAAAAGCUAAAGAAUAUAAGUCACAAGUUUUAAAACUUGAGAGUGUGUUAAAGAACAGUGGAGCAGAUUCAAAUAUUUUUCAUGGAAAUUUAGUGCAAAGAUCUGAGGAUUUAGAAAAAUUAAAACAAGAAAUAAUUCCCAUGAAGAAAAAGUUAGACAGUUAUCAUGGUUUACCACCAGAUGCAAUACAAGCACAUAUGAGACUGGAUGAAAUUAAAGAUAAAGUUGCUAGCCUUGAGGAGGAACUGACUAAAAAAAUUGAUGUGAUGCUGGUGUGACCUGUAUUUUCUUGUUAUCUUGUUGAAGCGUUCAUAUAAAUUAAUUUAUGAUCUUUGAAUAACAUUUAUGAGAUGUUCUCUCAUAUCAAUCUUGUAUAAAUUAGUUAGAAAUUAUUCAUUUUUUUAAUUUAACUUUUUUAUUACUUGUAUCAUUGGCUGUAUGAUUUGUACAAUGUGUGAUGUAGAGAACUUUUUUAGAGAAAAGUAAAAGAAUAAAAAGAUGA